AUGAGUAAUAGAGCACCAACUGGUGAAAAGGCAUUCUUUUGUCCAAUACCUGAAUGUGAAAAACAUUUUACAAGAGCAGAUGCAUUAACAAAACAUCGAAAAGGUGCACAUAAUUUACAAAAUAUAAAAGAUCAAUUACAAUCAUUUAAAGAUUCGUAUCAAGGUGUUGAAAAUAUAACAGAAGAUAAAUAUAGAGAAUUAAUUCAAAAAGAUUAUGAAUUAAAAUUACCAUGGUGGUAUGAUCAACAAUUUAUAAAUUUAUUAACUGAUGAAAAUAUAACAAUUGAUUCAAUACCAUUUGAUUUAAAUCAAUAUAAAUUAAGUAAUUUAAGAAUAAAGCAUAUUUUAGAAACUAACGAAGAUAAUAUUCAACCUGAUCCAAAUAAUCAAAUUAUAAAUAUUGUGAAAAGACAAAUUCAAUAUGAACAUCCAGAAAGAGUAAUGAAUUCAAAUAAUGAUAGAAUUAUAGAAAAUUUAUCAAAUGAAUCUAAACAACUAAUACAGAAUUAUAAAAAAGAGAUGGAGGAUGAUCUUGACUUGAAUAAUAAAGACCUAACCCAAUUAAAACAAUUACAUGACAAACUUCAAUCAAGGCUAAACACAAGUUUAAAAAUAAACAAGAUAAUAACAAAUAAUUUACAAUCUUCCAUAAUAACUAAAAGAAAAAUUUGGUUAAAAAAUCAAAUUUUAAUUGAUGCAAAUUUAAAAAUUGGAUUACCACCAGAACCAAGUUCUAUUCCACAAAGAGUAAUUCAAGAUAAAUAUGAUGUAGAAUUAUUAAAGAAUCUAUAG